AUAGCGCACUUGCAGAGGCGCCUUGUUUAUAAAACUAUAGAAAUAUACAGUCUAUUCACGGUCGCGGAGAAAUAACUUCAUCGUAUCAAGCCCAGAACAUCGCCUUCAUCUCAGUCAAAAUGUCAUCGUCAGACGAGAAAACCCUCCACCUAGUUGGCAUCGGCGUAGGCCACUCAAUCGCACCCCCAAUGCAUAACGCCAUCGCCAGAUCCCUUGGCCUCCCCUGGACAUUCCACGCCACUGAGUGCAACACAAUCGAAGGCCUCCUCCUCCUGGCGCGCAAAGACUCCACAGCAGGCCUCGUCGUCACAAUGCCCUACAAAAACACAGUCAUGCCUCGUCUCGAUGCCUUGGACCCCCUCUCCACCACCAUUGGCGCCUGUAACAACGUCUACCGCGACCCGUCUAACCCGGCGCGGUUGAGGGGUACGAAUACGGACUGGCUGGGUGUGAAGGGGUGUCUUCUUGAAAAGGGAGAUGGGCAAGGUCCGGUGGACGGGAGACCUGCGUUGAUUGUGGGUGCCGGAGGCGCAAGUCGCGCUGCGGUGUAUGCUUUGCAUACGUUCUUUAAGGCUUCUGUCAUCUACGUCUUGAACAGAGAUGAUGGGGAAGUAGUUGAUCUCCAGCGAGACGCUCAACGGAUGUUUCCCUCGCCUAAGAUUGUUCACGUCAAGGAAGGGGAGUCGAAGGCGCUGGAAACGCCGUACUACGUGGUCGGAACGGUGCCGGAUUUCGAGCCUACAUCGGCGUCAGAGUUAGCGGUGAAAGCAUCGCUGGAAGACUUUCUUUCACGGCCGGAGAAGGGCGUUUUGCUGGAUAUGUGCUUCAAGCCGCGCCGGACAAGGAUGAUCAAGUUAGCAGAGAGCCUUGGGUGGCCUUCGGUAGAGGGAACGCAUGUCAUUGGGUACCAGAUUGAGGAGCAGUGGAAGCUUUGGGCUGGGGAGGAGAGGGUCAAGAAGUUAGAUAAGGAUUCGGCGUGGAGAGUGUUGUUGGAGGCGGCUGACAAUAGUCCAGGAAUCAACUUUUAA